AUGGCGCGACUCAAUGAGGUUCCGCAGCCGGCGGAAUCCAUCGAGAGCUUGAAGCGACGCUUCAUCAGGCAGAAUCGCGAACUUGCAAAGAACAACUCCAACCAGUCCGUCCGCAUACGAGGCCUCGAGUCAGAACAGAACAGAUUGCUGCAAGAGAACCUUUCCCUCCGCGAACAAGUCAUUCAGCUCCAGCAUGAGCUAGAGAACACCCAAGGCCACAAUGCCGUCCGGCAUAUUGGCUCGGUCAAGGACAAGCUCGAGGCCAAGAUACAAGAGCUCGGUGGGCUGGUUGCGGAGCUGGGGUCGCUCCAAAAGCCCGCCUGCGAAAAGACAUCCGAGGCAACCGAACCGUCACGCUCGCGUGAAAUCUAUGAGUGGAAACAAUCUAUGAAGGAACAGAUGGAAGAGCCGGAGGGGGUCCUGCCGACCAUCAGGGAAGAUAAGUACUAUCCACGUCGGACGUUGAAUUCCGAGGAGAUCCGCGCAGCUUUAAUUGGAGACUCAAAUGAGUCGCCUGACCUUGGCCCACCACCCGUUGCCCACUUUGCGGAUGAAGACCCCAUCAAGUUCGACCCGAAGCCUGCGGAGGAGGACAAAGAUGAAGAACUUCCGGAUGCGGUCCACCAGGACGAGGAGGAAAUACCAGCCGCUCUUUCGGUCAACCUCGAGACGAGAAGGAGGCGUCGCGACAGCUCGACCAAGCUCGACCUCAGGAGAAUGUCCGGUUAUCAGCCGACACAGGAAGACGGCGAACCCAACACCAAGGACGAGGCCGACCAGAACCAGCAUUUGAGGGCAGGUACCAAGCGUAAGCUCAGUGCCACCGGCGAUGAUUUGCGUGCUGAGGCAGGAGAUCAAGAUCUACGAGAUGAAUUCAGAUUCAGCAGGCGCUCUAGCAGUAAGGCUGAGAGGGGAGAAAAUGCGGUUGCCGCGGUGGAUAACUCGGUCAGACAACCUAGUAAGUUGGACCUACUCGUCGCGGCUGAGCGGAAAGCCCUGGGAUCUAAGAGCAUCAACAACACUUCGCCUAAGAAGACUUCAAAGGCUUCCGGUACAGAGGAAAAGCUUCCAUCAAAGAAGGGUGCGUUGUCUGGAAAGGAUCCCAGUCGCAAUCGUGCCCGCGAGCGGAGGGCAAAGUCGACGUCCGUCACUAUUGCACCGCCCGAGAACAUGAAUGGCGCCAUUGAGACUGCCGACAUUGUAGUCGAGCAAGAGCCGGCAGAGCUGCCACCGAAGACUCCAGCAGAUCUCAAUCUCUUCUCUCCCCCAUCCACCGAACCUUCUGCGCGCGAAGAACCUAAGGACACACCAUCCGUCGAGAACCCAAAUGCCGCUGCUGCCAACUCGGAAGGCCCAGUAGGUAUUCGCCAGGCAAGACGCGCCCGUGCUCAGGUCAACUAUGCUGAACCAAACCUGGUCAGCAAGAUGCGUAGGCCUACGAAGGAGAUGGCGGACGCUGUUGUGGACGGAAGACGUUCAUCGAGUUCUGAAGGGAAGUCGGCUCCUUCAACAGCAAACCCGAUGCGGACGGUCGUCAUCAAGAAGGACAGAAGCGAAGACCCCAAUUCCGCAUGGAAGUCACUCCCUGCAGCAUCACGGCCCGAGCCGGGUAGUCCCUUGAGCAAGAAAACCGCGCCAUCGACUGAAAAGGAAGAGACUGAGGAGAAGGAGCCAGAGCGGACAGAUGAAAGGCCUUCCAAGUCUGCCACGGCGAUGAAAGACUUGAUGUCUUCUUCAAGCCGAAGGAGGCCCUCGAAGGCAGUAACCUUCGAAGCAGAGACGGGAGAUCGUGCGGACCUUGCCAUAUUCGACUUUAACGAUUCUUCUCCAGCCGAAAGAGAAUCUAACGCCAUUAUGAAGAGCAGCAGAGACCUUGUCAGAGCGUCACGCCGACACUCGUCCAUCAACUCUGUGUCCAAAGAGAGCAAUGAUACCAAAGAUGAAAAUGAGGACAGAAAAGUGAGCACCAAAAACACGAAGAGCUCGUCUACGGUGUCUGCCACGGGCGAGAAGUCAGAAAGGAAGACUUCGCGCAGGCGUAGUAUGAUGGUCUGA